UCGAAUAUGCGUCUUGUUAAGCCCUUUUUAUUUAGUGCAACAUUUGUAUUGCAUGCAACUUGUCAAAAACAUAUUUUAAGUGUGGCAGCUCCACUUUUGUUGUUUUAGAUACUACAUCUGUGAAAUAUAAUUUAUCACAGUCACCGCGUGUUUUGCAAGUAAAAUAUUUGUGCAUUUCAUUAAAAAAUGUCUGUGACAACUUCAAAUUCGCAAAGUAAACAAAUAAAGUUCUAUAAUCCAUCCAGCUCUGCCAGUUCUGAUAGCGAUGAACGCUGCGAUUUAACAGAGCCUCUUUAUGUGGACCCCAACAUAGCAAAUGUCGAGUAUUUUGGGUGUCCAGCAUCACCUACAACUGUUCCAGCCAGGACACCACAAUGCCUAGAGUCCCCAGCUCGCGUGGGUGCACCACGUAGGCGUCAACGGACGACUUCUAUGAAUAAUCAAACCACAGCAAAUCCUUCUGAGUGUGUAAUUCGUUCUAAUAAUCGAACUAUUUAUACAGCCGGCCGUCCUCCCUGGUAUAAUUGUGCAGGACAACAAGUGGAACCAUUCGUUAUAGGCAUUUGUGGUGGAAGCGCCUCUGGAAAAACCACUGUGGCACAAAAAAUAAUUGAAUCUUUAGAUGUGCCAUGGGUUACGUUGCUAUCAAUGGAUUGCUUUUACAAAGUACUCAAUGAGAAACAACACGAACAAGCUCUCCUUAAUGAGUACAAUUUCGAUCACCCGGAUGCUUUCGAUAUGGAUUUAUUGCUAGAAGUAUUAAAGAAGCUUAAAGAAGGUCGAAAAGUGGAAGUACCAGUUUAUAAUUUUGUCACACAUUCGCGCGAAACAACUACUAAAACAAUGUAUGGAGCUAAUGUUAUAAUCUUUGAAGGUAUUUUGGUGUUUCACAGUCCUGAGAUUUUAAAAUUAUUGGACAUGAAAAUCUUUGUCGAUACAGAUCCCGACAUACGCCUGGCUAGGCGAUUGAAAAGAGAUAUUUCACAACGUGGACGUGAUCUAAGUGGAGUAUUGAAACAGUAUUUGAAUAUGGUAAAACCUUCUUAUUCGAACUACAUUGCGCCCACCAUGGCUCAUGCAGAUAUUAUAGUUCCUCGCGGUGGUGAGAACAAAGUUGCUAUACAUCUAAUAGUUCAACAUGUUCAUACUCAACUUCAACUUCGUGGUUUCAAGCUACGAGAAGCUCUAGCAAAUUCCUACAAUGACCAACCUAUGCCUGAGUCUCUACAUCUUCUACCAGCUACUCCUCAAAUCAAAGGAUUACAUACUUUUAUACGCUGCAAAAAUACAUCAAGAGAUGAAUUUAUAUUUUAUUCCAAAAGACUCAUUCGCUUGGUUAUUGAAUAUGCCCUUAGUCUUUUCCCUUUUAAGCCUACUACAGUAGAAACACCCCAGGGUGUAUUAUAUAGUGGUAAGAGAAUGGCUACACACAAAAUCUGUGGUGUCUCGAUCUUAAGAGCUGGUGAGACAAUGGAACAAGCCAUAUGCGAUGUUUGCAAGGAUAUUCGUAUUGGCAAAAUUCUUAUUCAGACUAAUAAGGAAACUGAAGAGCCGGAACUGUAUUAUCUACGUCUGCCAAAAGAUAUUCGGGAAUACAAAGUUAUUUUGAUGGAUGCUACAGUUGCAACUGGUGCAGCCGCUAUGAUGGCAAUUCGCGUACUGCUUGAUCACGAUGUCAAAGAGGAAAAUAUUAUAUUGGCUUCGUUGUUAAUGGCUGAAAUUGGUGUUCAUAGCAUAGCUUAUGCUUUUCCUCAAGUUAAAAUUGUAACCUCUGCUCUCGAUCCCGAAAUUAAUGAUAAAUUUUAUGUGAUACCUGGUAUUGGAAAUUUUGGUGACCGCUACUUUGGCACAGAGCCCUCGGAGGAGUUUUAUUAGUUUAUUUAAGUACUGAUACAUACUGUUAUUUAAGAAAUAUUAAAAAGUCGUCUACGACUGUAGAAAGGUUAUUAAAA